AUGCGGAGGCCGGAGAGACACUUUGUUCUCUGCAAUUUAUAUAAAUACAGUUCAGUGAACCCGGGAAUAGUCUGCGACAGAACAAAUACUGGGACGGCAGAGAGAGAGCAGGAAGUCUAUGAGGUACAGCUUCAGCCAAUAACUACAGAGCAGGAAGUCUAUGAGGUGCAGCUUCAGCCAAUAGGUGCAGAGCAGGAAGUCUGCGAGGUGCAGCUUCAGUCAUUUGUCGCAGAGCAGGAAGUCUGCAAGGUGCAGCUUCAGUCAAUAGUAGCAGAGCAGGAAGUCUGUGAGGUGCAGCAUCAGCUAAUAGCUACAAAGCAGGAAGUCUCUGAGGUGCAGCUUCAGCCAAUAACUACAGAGCAGGAAGUUUUUGAGGUGCAGCAUCAGCCAAUAGCUACAGAGCAGGAAGUCGUUGAGGUGCAGCAUCAGCUAAUAGCUACAGAGCAGGAAGUCUUUGAGGUGCAGCAUCAGCCAAUAGCUACAGAGCAGGAAGUAUCUGAGGUGCAGCUUCAGCCAAUAGGUGCAGAGCAGAAAGUCUGUGAGUUGCAGCAUCAGCCAAUAGCUACAGAGCAGGAAGUCUCUGAGGUGCAGCUUCAGCCAAUAGAGCAGGAAGUCUAUGAGGAGCAGCUUCAGCCAAUAACUACAGAGCAGGAAGUCUUUAAGGUGCAGCUUCAGCCAAUAGGUGCAGAGCAGGAAGUCUGUGAGGUGCAGCUUCAGUCAAUAGUCACAGAGCAGGAAGUCUCUGAGGUGCAGCUUCAGCCAAUAGGUGCAGAGCAGAAAGUCUGUGAGGUGCAGCUUCAGUCAAUAGUCGCAGAGCAGGAAGUCUGUGAGGUGCAGCUUCAGUCAAUAGUCACAGAGCAGGAAGUCUGUGAGGUGCAGCUUCAGUCAAUAGUCACAGAGCAGGAAGUCUCUGAGGUGCAGCUUCAGCCAAUAGGUGCAGAGCAGAAAGUCUGUGAGGUGCAGCUUCAGUCAAUAGUCGCAGAGCAGGAAGUCUGUGAGGUGCAGCUUCAGUCAAUAGUCACAGAGCAGGAAGUCUCUGAGGGAGCAGAACCUCUCCAACUUGGUAUUGAACCUUGUCGCCAUGAGAUCUCUCUUGGGCACACCCCACCUGAGCGUUAUCUCUUUGAGUAUGUCUUGGUGGAGAACCCACUCUGCGGUUAG